AUCACAAGCCAGAACAGCCAAGAACAGAGAUACCCGAGUCGCCGAAGCAACCACUCACAAUCCCAAUCUCCCGCGUCACUCAAAACCCGAAGUAACAACCGUCGUCGGUCCGACCAACAAUGUCGCUGAUUCGCCGUGGAAACGCAUUCGACCCCUUCUCCCUCGACCUCUGGGACCCCUUCGAGGGCUUCUUCCCCUUCGGCUCCGGCGGCGUCCGCAGCCUCGUUCCCUCGUUGCCGCGCACCAGCUCGGAGACCGCGGCAUUUGCCGGCGCGCGGAUCGACUGGAAGGAGACCCCCGAAGCGCACGUGUUCAAGGCGGACGUGCCGGGGCUGAGGAAGGAGGAGGUCAAGGUGGAGGUCGAGGACGGCAACGUCCUGCAGAUCAGCGGCGAGCGCAACAAGGAGCACGAGGAGAAGAACGACAGGUGGCACCGGGUGGAGCGCAGCAGCGGCAAGUUCCUUCGCAGGUUCAGACUGCCGGACAACGCCAAGGCAGACCAGAUCAAGGCGUCCAUGGAGAACGGCGUGCUCACCGUCACCGUGCCCAAGGAGGAGGCCAAGAAGGCCGACGUCAAGAACGUCCAGAUCACCGGCUAGGAAGGAAGCACGCGUGCGCUGUGGAGUUUGAAACACAACUGUUCAAGCAUGGGUGUCCUACUACGCGUCUUAUGUAAUUUUGUGUAGUGAUUAUCCGUUAUGUACUCCCGUUGUGUGCAGUGAUUUCUGUUAUGUGGUCUGGGUGUCCGGCGUGCCACCGUUGCGUGGAGCCAUCAAGUAUCUAUAAUGCGUUUAUAAAUGAAAACCUAAUACAAUCUGUUCUGUACUACAA